AUGCGUGUCCAUUUGAGUAAGAGAAAAGGCAGUUUUGAGGUAGCAAAGAUCAAUCGUGAAUUCCUCCCACAAGUCUAUCCUGUCACCACUGAGGCUGAGGCCUGCAGUUUAAAGGUUUUUUUUGGUAGCCAAGUGGCUUCCAAUGUCUCUACCCAAGAAAUUCCUCCUGAUCAUUCCAAGGAAACCAAUGCCACUUUGUCCAGCCUUACAGAUCCCGCCAGCCUACAGAAUGACUCAAUGCCCGUUACUCUUGAUCUGACACUUGGUUUCAACAGCAGUGAUGCUGAGUUGAACUGUACAAGCCAAACUAGUGGUGGUGAAGUAACGCCUCAUCCUCCGGCUGUAUCCAGAGUCUUCUCAUGUAACUACUGUCAGCGAAAAUUUUACAGCUCACAGGCACUGGGAGGACAUCAGAAUGCGCACAAGAGAGAGAGAACACUUGCAAAACGGGCUAUGCGGAUGGGCAUGUUAUCUGAUCGAUAUGCCAGUUUGGCAUCUCUACCUCUUCAUGGAUCCGCAUUUCAAUCUCUAGGAAUUGAAGCACAUGGUUCCAUGCAUCAACAAGUUGUACAACAAGAGAGGCCUAUACAUGGGGUAAGAGGUGGAGCAAGGUUUAAUCAUGGUUAUUACGGGUUGCCACUAUAUGUGGAGGAUGAUGAAGUAGAAAUGUACUGGCCUGGAAGCUUUCGACAAAUUGAGGGACAUGAUGGCAAUAAUCUGGGGUUUGAUUCAGGACAAAAUUCCAACAUAAAUAUUGUAGCAAUGGUUCCACCUCCUCCAAGGACAGAUUCUUCCUUGCCUGAUCUAAAUUUAAAAUUAUAA